GUGUUUUGUAGUUUUUUUUUGGCUCGAGUUUGUACUUUUUUCAAUCAAAAUUCGUUUUUAGAAUGGGUUUGCUGAGCUUUGCAGUGAAAGGUGGUAUUUUGUACAGCGCAAUUUACGGCACCCGUCAUUACAAUGUUUGGGCCGAUUCUGAAAAGACUACGGCUCUGUACAACGAAUUGAGUCAAAAAGCGAGUCCUCAUCUUAAGACCGUGAGAGCUAAAAUUCCGUUAGAGAUACCACCACUACCAUCAUCUGGUGAAUUGUGCUAUAUUUACACACACUAUCAUAAUAAAGCCGUGAAAAAUACAAUAUAUUUCAUCCAUCGCUUACCGUGCUACUUGGGGCAAUGGGCUAAGAAAGCUAAAGACGGAAUAGAUAAGGCUUUGGAAGCUCCGCCACCAAAAUAAUUAAUUUUAUGAAUUCCAAUCGAAAAAGGUGUAAUUAAAUGACUUGGAGCUAAAGAAAAA